UGUGCCAGGGGGGGCCAGUGCCCAGCUCGGUGGGGAAUCGCUGGCUCAGCAGGAGCUGCCUCUUGCUCCGGCUCGGUGCCUCCUGCAAAUAUUGACACUGAGGCAAGGGGGAGCAGAUGGGCUCCCGCGGGACGCGGUGCUGGGACGCCUGGGAGCCAACGUCAUGUUGACCUGCUGGGACGAGGGGCCGGCGAACGUCACCGUGUCCUGGCGGGUGGAGGAGCGGGGGGCGGUGGCGGUGGGGGGCCGCAGCCGGCAGCUGGCGGAGGGCAACACGCUGCACCUGCAGCGGCUGCGCUACGAGGACUCGGGGCGCUACAGCUGCUCCGUGGGGGGCCGCCCCCUGCGCUCCCUGCGGCUGCUGGUGGAAGAGCCCCCCGAAACUCCCCACGUCUCCUGCUACCGCCGGAGCCAUGACAAAGAUGUCCUGUGCGAGUGGCCACAGCGGGUGAAGCCGUCCCCGGGGACGCGGGCCACGCUCUGGGUGAAGCGGAGGUUCUCGGCGGAGAACGCCACGGAGCAGCGGUGCCGCUACUUCUCCAAGGCGCGGAAGUUUGUUUGCCGGGUGAAGGUGCCGCCCGGCGCCGACGACACCAAACCCCUCGUGGUGUCCACCUGCGUCAGCAACGCUGCCGGUGGCUCGGCCGGCGAGGACAGGAUCAUCACCCUCAGCAGCGUCCUGAAGCCUGACCCCCCCCUCAACGUGACCGUGGAGGCGCUGGAAAAGGCGCCGCAGCGGCUGCGGGUCAACUGGUCCUACCCCUCCUCCUGGGACCCCCGCUUCUACUGGCUCCGCUUCCAGGUCCGCUACCGCCCUGAGCCCGCCCAGACCUUCACGGAGGUGGACCAGGUGAUGACGACGUGGCUGGACAUCCGUGACGCGUGGCGGGGGACGCGGCACGUGGUGCAAGUGCGGGCGCAGGAGGAGUUCGGCCACGGCACGUGGAGCGAGUGGAGCCGGGAGGCAGUGGGCACCCCCUGGACAGACCCCAGGGACCUCACCUCUGAAAUGGGACCCUUCAGCUCACAGUUCCCCAUGGAGGAUGGCACCUCCUGGGUGACGCUGCCCCCUGAGCUCUUCAGAGAUGCUGCUGAUGGUGCUGGUGGGGCCGUCGUGGAAGCCAGCGCCCGCUCCACGGCGUCCCCCUACCCCUUCCUGGUGGCCGGGGGGAGCCUGCUCCUGGGCAUUGCCCUCUUUGUGGGCAUCGUGGUGAGGUACAGACGGACGUGGCAGACGGGCGGGCAGCGCAGUGCCAAGCCGGAGGGCGAGGGGCAGCACGUGUUGGUGCCCCUGAGCCCCCCCAGUCCCCCGCUCAGUGACACCCCCCUGCUCUCAUCCCCUGCCCCCCCGGCCCCCGGGGGUCUCCACGUCACCAACUUGGACUAUUUCUUCUCAGGGCAGUAGCCAGGGGUUGGAUGCACUUGCAGGCGCCUGCGGGACAGGCCAGGGGUGGGGGCCUGGGAGCUGCCCCCCAUCCCCUGUCCCGGGAUUCCAAAAGCCACCCCCAUGGAGAACUAGCUGGGGCGGGGGGGGGCAAGAUGAGUCCCGGGGGGCCUGGCUUCGGGGCCGUGGCCAAGCUGGGGUGGCUGGGGGUGACAGCGCUGGAAGCUCGGCCGGGCCGGAGCGUGGGAGCGGGGCCGGGCUCUGCCCACGGGGCUGGGUUUGGGGGUCCCCCGGGGAAGGGUGUAACCUCCCACGGGUGUCAGGGAGGGGGGGGCCUGGCUGGAUCAGCCCCAUCCCUCUGCCCCGGC